AUUUCGGUUGAGUGAAAGUAUAUAAGGUCAGCAGUAUCGAUGGGAACAUCACUCGCUGCAGUCGCCUGAAGUCUUCUCUUUCAACCGUUCGCCAAAGACGUCCAGAGCUCAAAAUGGCCUGUGCCCAUCUGUGCAAGGAGGCUGACAUCAAAACCGCAUUGGAAGCGUGCAAAGCCGCCGACUCCUUCAACUUCAAGACCUUCUUCCAUACGAUUGGCUUUGCCUCGAAGUCCGCCGACGACGUCAAGAAGGCUUUCAAGGUCAUUGACCAGGAUGCAAGUGGCUUUAUUGAGGUGGAGGAGCUGAAGCUGUUCCUUCAGAACUUUUGCCCCAAGGCCAGGGUACUUACCGAUGCAGAGACAAAGGCUUUCCUCAAGGCUGGUGAUGCCGAUGGUGAUGGCAUGAUUGGAAUUGAUGAGUUCGCUGUAUUGGUUAAGCAGUAAAGAGCAACUGACCAAGAACUCACCUGAAGGAACAAUAUUGCCCAAGACCUCCCCAUUUCAUCUGAAUAUAAAUACUUUUUAUACAUUUGCUUGCAAGAAGUUUCCUCCUGUGCGGCACACUGUCCAAAAUGAUGAUUGUGAAUGUAGCGCAGAUGUGUUCAUGUCUUAUAUGAAUUUUGCUUACUGUAAAAUCUAUGAUGCACUUUUCAGGAAAGGACGAUAGAUAAAAAAUAAUCAAUAUUCUUUUGGAAUAAAAGGUCUUUGUAUUA